UGAGCGGUGGCGGCUGCUCGCACCACCCCGAUCCAACAAGAUGCCUGGUCCCAGCCCUCAAGGUCACAACUGGAGCCAGAAGUCAGAAGACGAGGAGGAUCCCUUGGAUCAAAUGAUCUUGCGCACUGGCUGUGCCACUUUCCAUUAUGCGGUGCAGGAGUGCAUGGCUGAACACCAGGACUGGAGGAAGUGUCAGCAGCAGGUACAGGCCUUCAAGGACUGCAUGAAGGAACAUCAGAAGCAACGAAUGGAGGAAUUGCAGAAGAAGCAAAGGUUAGCCCAGGCCAAGAGCUGAUAGAAAAGACUCAAGCUUGAAGCUCAAGGGAUCCAAGUCUAACUCAGCCAGAGCAUGGAGAAUUUAACUCCUGAGAAGUAUCCUGCUGAAUCAAAGAGGGAUAAAACCUACUCCCUCUUGGGACUUGGCACGUGCAUUAAGGGGACUGAUCAUAGUAAUCAGGAUGGGGGUGGCUUUGCUGAUGAUGUGUCACUGAAUAUUUUUUUACAGUGGAAA